AUGUCGUUUUCAUCGGAGGUUCUAGCUAACGUUCGCCGUUCUGUGAUAGGUCAUGGGAGUUUUUUUGAUGGACCAUUCGGUCGUAAAGGCAUGAUAUACGCGGAUUGGGCCGCAUCAGGUCGAGCGCUGACUGCAGUUGAAAAUUACGUGCAAGCCGAGGUGCUUCCCACCUAUGCAAACACGCACACGACAACCAGUGUGAGUGGUCUUCAGUCUACGUGUUUCCGUCAGGAGGCUCGUCAGAUAAUAGCACAGUCAUGCAACGCAAGAGUUGGCUACUCAGAUCGACAUGCUGACGUUGUUGUUUUUGCGGGCAGCGGCACAACAGGCGCAGUCAAUAAACUUGUCCUUAUCCUGGGUAUCCACCUUCCUGUUCCAUCUGAAGCACCACAGACAUCAAUGCCUGUAGUCAUUCUGGGCCCGCAUGAGCACCACUCAAAUAUUCUUCCCUGGAGAGAAUCUAAUGCCAAAAUAGUUUGCAUUCCAGAGAGGCCAGAUGGUACAAUUGACCGUCAGAUCUUACGAAAAGAGCUUCAAGCGCAUGCCUCGCACUCACUCAUCAUUGGAUCAUUUUCAGCCGCUUCCAACGUUACUGGUGUAGUCGCUGAUGUCGACGGUAUAACAGAGGAUCUUCACCGUGCUGGUGCACUUGCUUUUUGGGACUAUGCUACUGCUGCAUCGUAUUUACAAGUUGACAUGAACCCUGUGAGAUUUUUUCCUGAUGGAACCCUUAAUCCUUAUGUAUACAAAGAUGCGAUAUUUCUCUCCCCCCAUAAACUCCCAGGCGGCCCAGGUUCACCUGGUGUUCUUGUGGCUAAGCGUUCGUUGUUUACCAACAAAAUACCCACAGAACCAGGAGGUGGAAGUAUUUUUUUUGUAACUAGAAAAGAUCAUCGAUACAUUUCUAAUCGAUGUGAACGAGAAGAAGGUGGCACACAAGACAUCGUGGUAGGGAAUAGAACACAUAUUUUCCUUCUCAUAAGGGCUGGCCUUGCAUUCCAGGUAAAAAACGCCGUUGGUUGCAGUAUCAUAAAGAAAUCUGAGAGUGAUUUAUGCAGACGGAUCUACACAUCUUUAUCCCAGAAUCCAAACAUUGCGGUAUUAUGCUCAACCUUACGCAGUUCAUGUAUGCGCAUGGAUGCUCUGGAACCCCCUGAUCGGUUGCCAAUCAUCUCUUUUCUAAUUCGGUGCCCAGCAGAUUCAAAGGGUUGUAGCCGAUUUCUUCACACCAGCUUCGUUUGUGCUCUACUGAAUGACGUAUUUGGUAUCCAGACGCGAGGUGGAUGUGCGUGUGCUGGACCGUAUGCCCUCCACUUGCUUGGAAUCGAUGAUGCUAAAUCAUUUGCUUUAGAGAAAAUACUUUUGGAGCAGACUGAAGUAAUGCGUCCAGGAUUUGUCCGGUUGAGUUUGACUUACUUCACGUCAAGAGCUGAGGUUGAUUAUACACUGGCUGCGCUGCAAGCAGUUGCAAACCAUGGUUGGCGCUUGCUGCCACUUUAUCGAUUGGAUGCGAAGUCUGGUAUUUGGCGCCACAAA